GUCACAAACACAAUUAAGGUGGAACAUAGUGCAUACAUACAUAAACUCACGCCUAUUUCCCACUGGGGUUUAGUAUCAGUUAUAAAAAUGCAGAUUGGCGCGCUGAUAUUCAUCGUGUAUUUAGUGUUGCCAGCCAUUUUUGCGGAGGAUGUCAGUUACCAAGCAUGCGUGGAUAAAUACUCAAGAAAAGGGUAUCAACCUUGGCAAGAAUGGUCCGAUCACUAUACCUGCCAUCGCUACCGAUGUGAAAUCCGCGAUGGAAAAUAUUUCAUAGCUGCUGUUGGCUGUCGAAAACCUAAGAUUCCAGAGAAUGCGCUAGAAUGUCACGAAUAUAUUGAAGAUGAGAAUGUUGAAUUCCCAACAUGCUGCGCUCGCCUAAGAUGCGUCGUGGAGGUAAACGGAGAACGGAUCGUUCAAACUAGAGGACAACCGGGAGAACUUUUCCCUGACAAACCAUGGAAAGGCCAACAAAAUGAACCUAACCCGGCGGUAGUAGGUAUGGGAGCUAUCCAGCAGAACACUGUCGGCGGUGAACCACAGGGCCAGCCAGCCCCUGGCAUCUUCAACAGCAGAGGCGCAGGCAAGCGAAUUAAGCCAACGAUAUUCCCGACAGCGGAUGGCAACGAUAUUAACGGGCGGCGAUAUGUAGAUCCUUACCCCAGCCAACAAAUGCAAGAGUCACCAAGGAAGAAGAGGUCAACCGUCUACCCGUUAUUCGAUCGCGGCUUGAACUCGGAAUCAGGAGUUUACAGGCCUCACCAAGUUAAAAUUCACGGCUACUCACCAGAAAGAUAUACUUCCUAUUUCACUAAUUCAGUCAGAAGCCUGUCUAACCCUAAAUUGCAAUAUAGUUAAGUAAAAAGUGUUUCUUCACAAAAUUUCAUGUAUUUUUGUAUAAUUUAUGGUAUUGAAUAAUUCGUUAAAUCUUUUAUGUAUAUAGAAUAAAAGCAACAAACAUGUAAUCAAAAAUAAUAUAAAUGCAUCAGUGAUUCAA